UAUUCCAUGUCAGAUUCCAAUACAACUGACUUCACCAACCCCUCCACCUUCAUCCUGUUGGGCAUUCCUGGCCUGGAGGUGGACUAUGUCUGGAUCUCCAUCUCCUUCUGCACCAUGUACGCCAUAGCCAUCUUGGGGAACUUCACCAUCCUCAUCAUUGUCAAGAGGGAUCCAAGCCUCCAUGAGCCCAUGUACUAUUUCCUCGGCAUGCUGGCCGUCACCGAUUUUUUACUAUCUACGUCCACCGUUCCCAAAAUGCUGAACAUCUUCUGGUUCAGUUCCAGGGAAAUUGAUUUCAGUGCCUGCCUCACCCAGAUGUACUUCAUUCACUGCUUCUCAGUGAUGGAGUCUGGGAUCCUCGUGGCCAUGGCUCUAGAUCGCUACGUGGCCAUCUGCCAUCCUCUGAGAUAUUCCACCAUCCUGACAAACUCUGUGGUGGCCAAGAUCGGCCUGGCCGUGGUGCUGCGCAGUGGUAUACUCGUAAUGCCCAACCCCGUCCUGGCAAGCCAGUGGCCAUAUUGCAGAACCAACAUCAUCCCCCACACGUACUGCGAGCACAUGGCCGUAGUGAAGGUUGCAUGUGCUGACAUACGCGUCAGUAGUUACUACUCCCUCUCUGUGGCAUUGUUGAUAAUGGCUGUGGAUGUUUCCUUUAUCUCCAUGUCCUAUAUCCAGAUCCUCAGGGCCAUCUUCAGCCUGCCCACAAAGAACGCCCGGCUCAAGACUUUUGGUACCUGCAGCUCCCACCUCUUUGUCUUCUUAACAUUUUGCAUCCCAUCUUUGUCCUCCAUCCUCACACAUCGGUUUGGCCAGAAUGUCCCCCUGCACUUCCAUGUUCUCCUUGCUAACGUGUAUCUCCUGGUGCCCCCCAUGCUGAACCCCAUCAUCUAUGGGGUGAGGACCAAACAGAUCAGAAACAGGCUGCUCCGGUUCUUCACUUGUAAAGGGACCUAAAGUU